AUGGAGAAGGUGAAGGUGAAGCGGUACGUGUCGGGGAAGCGGCCCGACUACGCGCCCAUGGAGUCCUCGGAGGAGGAGGAUGAGGAGUUCCAGUUCAUCAAGAAGGCGAAGGAGCAGGAGGUGGAGCCCGAGGAGCAGGAGGAGGAGCUCGCCAACGACCCCCGGCUCCGGCGCCUCCAGAACCGCAUCGCCGAAGAUGUGGAGGAGCGGCUGGCAAGACACCGUAAAAUUGUGGAGCCUGAAGUGGUUGGAGAAAGUGAUUCAGAGGUGGAGGGGGAAGCUUGGCGCCUGGAGCGGGAGGACACCAGCGAAGAGGAAGAGGAAGAGAUCGAUGAUGAGGAGAUCGAGCGUCGGCGCGGGAUGAUGCGCCAGCGCGCACAGGAGAGGAAAACCGAGGAGAUGGAAGUGAUGGAGUUGGAAGAUGAGGGUCGAUCCGGAGAAGAGUCCGAGUCAGAGUCCGAGUACGAGGAGUACACGGACAGCGAGGAUGAAAUGGAGCCGCGUCUCAAACCUGUCUUCAUCCGCAAGAAGGACCGGAUCACAGUGCAGGAGCGAGAAGCAGAAGCCUUGAAGCAGAAGGAGCUGGAACAGGAGGCAAAGAGGCUGGCGGAGGAGAGGCGCAAGUACACGCUCAAGAUCGUAGAAGAGGAAGCGAAGAAGGAGCUGGAGGAGAACAAGCGCUCACUGGCAGCACUGGAUGCACUUGAUACAGAUGAUGAGAACGAUGAGGAGGAGUACGAGGCCUGGAAAGUACGUGAGCUGAAGCGUAUCAAACGGGACCGUGAAGAACGAGAGGCCAUGGAGAAGGAGAAGGCGGAGAUCGAGCGCAUGCGGAACCUGACAGAGGAGGAGCGCCGGGCCGAGCUUCGGGCCAACGGCAAGGUCAUCACCAACAAGGCGGUGAAGGGCAAAUACAAGUUCCUGCAGAAGUACUACCACCGCGGCGCCUUCUUCAUGGAUGAGGACGAGGAGGUGUACAAGAGGGACUUCAGCGCCCCGACUCUCGAGGACCACUUCAACAAGACCAUCCUGCCCAAAGUGAUGCAG